GAGCUAUCGCUGGACUUCCGGAUCAAACUUGCUCAGCUGAUGAUCGCGCUGGCGAGGCGCGACGAGAAAGAGGUGGUCCGGCUGGACAAGGAGAUGGGCAGCAGGACGCAGAACUCCAAAGCAGACGUCAGGUACCGCGUUCUAACGUUCUGGCUGGACCGUGACACCGACGAUGUCACGCAAGGGCAGAGCUUCCACGACUUUUUGGCUUGGGGGGAG